ACUGUCAGUGUUACUUAACAUUCGGAAUUGUAGGUUAUGAACAGUUAUGAAUUGCAUUUGAGUAAAAUAUUAUUUUGGUUUUUCUAUUUGUUUGAAUAAUAAUACUGAUAAGUUGAAUACGCGCUACAUCUGCCGCUACAGAAAUGUUUGGUUUGGCCAGAUUAUCAAGAAAUUGGAAACAUUCAAACUUAUUGACUCGACGCUCCAGAUUAUUUAGUACUAUCGACUCAAAAAAUGUUGAUCAAAAUCAGGAGAAAAUACCUGAUAUUCCCGAAAAAGGUGGUUUUGCUAAGGCGUUUGAAAAACAGUCCCAUAUUUUAGAUACACAGGAACCUGCUGUCAACCACUCAUUCCCAUCUCUGCUACGAAAUUCUAAGUUUAUGGAUUUAGGAGAUCCCUCCGGCAAAGUGGUUAUAGGCAAAAUAUUUCACGUUGUGGAAGAUGAUUUAUACAUAGACUUCGGUUGGAAAUUCCACUGUGUGUGUACCCGCCCUACGAAUAGGGGUGACGAAUAUGUCCGUGGAGCGAGAGUAAAGAUUCAGAUAAAGGACUUGGAGCUAUCGUCUCGUUUUCUUGGAUCAAGCACAGACCUCACACUUCUGGAAGCUGACUGCAAGCUGCUAGGCUUAGUUUCUACGCCCUUACGAGCUGCAGUAACUGAGAAACAGCAGUGAGGUAAGUAAUCAUCAGAGGCUUAGAACCAAGAACUAAUGUGUAUUUUUGAUAUAGUUAAGAAGAAUAUCUGUUUCUGAACUUUAUGAUGUAAUUAAUGAAAGAGUAAUGUAUUUAUUUCUUAUGCUUUAGCAGUUUAAGUAAUGAAUACAAAAACUGUUGCUUGUUUGUUGUUUUAAGAGACUGUUAAACUUUUUGAACUCAUUACUAAUAUCCAAAAUUGGUAUACACAUCUAUCAAGGCUUUAAGUCUGUGUGGUUUACUUAUUAUGUAAAUAUAGUGUAGCUAAUUCUUACUUGUACAAUAAAUGUCAUUUAUAAUAGUA